CGAAUCAUUCUGCUUUGGUUGGGUGUUUGUUAGGGUUGUUCACUUCCUCCCACCUCUCUCUCAGACUCUCACAGCCAUUCAAGACUUCAGAGAGACAAACAGAGCAGCGAGUCAGCCGCGAAUAACAGACCCGACAGAGCUAUCAAAUCAAAAGCUUCCAAAGAAUCGGAAGAGAGAAAGAAGCCAGACAUGCCGACUUUAACGAAGCUGCACACUAUGCAAGAAGCUGCUGAGCAUGGCAGCAAGGACGAUUGCUGGGUCGUUAUUGAUGGCAAGGUCUAUGAUGUGAGUUCGUAUCUGGAUGAGCAUCCAGGAGGAGAUGAUGUUGUUCUUGCUGUGACUGGGAAAGAUGCAACAGAUGAUUUUGAAGAUGCUGGGCAUAGCAAAGAGGCAAGGGAGCUUAUGGAGAAGUUCUGCAUUGGUGAGCUCGACGAAUCUGACCCAGCAAUCCCAGAACUUGAGACUGAAAAGCUCCGCGACUUACCGACACAAUACUGGGCUGUGCCACUGGCUGUCAUUGGCAUCUCUGUUGUGGUUGGACUCCUGUACUUGCGGAAGAAGUAGAGCAGAUCAUUUUGUAUUGGCCAUUUUUGGUGGAGAGUUGAUUAAAAUCUUUGAAUUAUUAGGAGUAUAAUGAUUAAAGAACUGGAAUUAAAAUUUUGGGAGAUCCAGAUAACUCAUGAUGCACUCUGUGAGUAAUACAUCUAACAUGAUUCACAUGAAGGUGAUGUAGGGAUAUGUAAUUUUUUCUAAAAUAUGAAUGGUUCAUGAUCAAUUUACUGCUUCUGGGUA